AUGUCUCCGAAAGUUUGGUUCAUCACCGGCUCUUCUACUGGGUUGGGACGCUCCAUGACGGAGCUGGUCCUCAAGAAUGGUGACAUUGCCGUAGCCACCUUGCGCAAGCCUGACGCCCUCUCCGACCUCGUUGCGAAGUAUCCCGCGGAGAGGCUGCUCGUCUUGAAGCUCGACGUCGCCAAGCCGGACGAAAUCACUGCUGCUUUCUCCGACGCAGUGAAGCAAUUUGGGCGUAUCGACAUCGUAUUCAACAACGCGGCAUACGCCACACUCGGCGAAGUGGAAGGCACUCCGGACGACGUAGCGCAGCACCUGUUCAAUGUGAACUUCUGGGGCGCGACACAGGUCAGCAAGGAGGCCAUCAAGGUCUUCCGCGAAGUGAACAAACCCGUCGGAGGACGGCUGCUGCAAGUAUCCUCAAUGGUGGGCAUAAUGGCACCCGCAGGACUAGGGUUUUAUUCUGCUAGCAAGCACGCUCUGGAGGGCUUGAGCGACGCCUUAGCUACGGAAAUUGACCCUGAAUGGAAUAUUAAGAUCACACUCGUCGAGCCCGGCGCCUUCCGUACGAACGGCGUCACCAACAUGGGCAAAUUCCCGCCGCCACCUGCUUACACCAACCCCAAGCUCCCGACGAAUGUCACCCGAGACGUUAUGCAAGUGCCGUAUGGCGCUGAGCCCGACAAGGCGGCUGAGAAGAUGUAUCGUCUCGCGGAGCUGCCCGAGCCUCCCCUGCACUUUCCCCUAGGCAAGGACGCUAUUUCCGCCGUGAGGCAGAAACUUGCUGCCAUUUCGGCCGACUUCGACAAGUAUGAGUCUUGGUCUGAUGAUAUGUGA